GUCUGUGAGACUAUAUCGAUGAUAUAGAGUGAGACGAGAGAGUGGAGCAGUUUGAUUCAGUCACCAAUCAGUGAUCAGUGAAUCAGUGAUUAUGGGAAUGCUGAGGACAUCAGUGGCCUUUCUUCUUCACAUGGCUGCCUCUCUGGCGGCCCCUGUGCCGUGUGAGGAGACGGUGGUCCGUCUGGAGGCAGAGAUCCAGGGCCUGAUGAAGGUGAUCGACGACCAGCAUCGCUACGUCCAGGAGCUCCACAGCAGCCAGGUCCAGCAGCUGGCUCACAUACCCAACACACACCUGGACCCUGAGAACCUCCAUAGAGACUGCUCCGAGGUGUUUGCAGACGGUAAUGUGGCCAGCGGGCUGUAUGUGAUUCGUCCAGGCGGCUCUCCCACCGCACUGAGUGUCUACUGUGACAUGAACAACGGAGGAGGAUGGACCGUCUUCCAGAGGAGGAGAGACGGCAAAGAGAGCUUUGAUAGAGCGUGGCUGGAGUACAAGCAUGGAUUUGGAGACCUCUACUCGCCUGAUGGUGAAUUCUGGCUGGGCAAUGAACCUCUACACGACCUCACCUCACAAGGAAACCACGACCUGCGGAUCGACAUGGAGGACUUUGAGGGUAAUCAGCGCUACGCAGAGUAUAAGAAGUUCAAAGUGGAUGAUGAAAAGGACCAGUACCAGUUACAUUUGGGAGAGUACACUGGGAAUGCAGGGGACGCCCUGGCUGAUGUUUACGGCCCCCCCUCUGCUGGGCAGAGAUGGACUGGUCCAGGCUUGGGGUCAACAAGCGGGGUCAAGUUCAGCACCUGUGACAAGCUGAAUGACAGCGAUGCGGGAAGCAACGGCAGGUGUAUCAGACACAGCAGGUCAGGCUGGUGGUUCAGCAGGUGCGAUUCAGGCAACUUGAACGGUCACUACUACAAAGGGCCGUAUCAAGCGAUGGCCGAUGACAGGGUGGUGUGGUACACGUGGCACGGUUGGUCGUACUCCAUCAAAUCCGUCGUCAUGAUGGUACGAGCCGCCGACCUCGAGCAUCCGCCACCGGUCAUCGCGCCGUUACCGGGACAACUCGACCCCGCCCAAAGAGGCAGGUGACGUCACCGGCGGUCCUCACGGCCGAUAGGCUGAAAGCAACAUGUGUCUCCUCACUAGAGCUGGAAACAGAUCUGACUUCAUUCACAUCCUUUACAGGGAACAAAUCAGUGUCCUCUCACUCCAGCCUGUCCUGUACUCUGUUGUUUGACUGUUGUUUUAACACUGAAAAUAAAACAAUGUUGCUUUAAUAUAA